AUGAACGUCUCCUAGUGUUUCUGCUAUUAUACAAGAGACCAGCCGGAAGGUUUGAGUUUAUCACCUUCUUACAGUUCUGUUGAGGAAAUAGUUCCUACGUGUCGUUAUAAGUUCAUUAAUAUGUCGACAAGACGAACAAAACGCGAAGCCGUUGUGAAGCUGCAGCAACUGGAAAUGACCCCUGUGGAUGUGGAGGGAGCAGUUCGACGAUCAUCACGGACCGUCCUGGUACCUAAACGCCUCAAGUACUCUCCUGAAAGAAACAUAGUUGAAACACCAAAUAAAAAAAGGAAAACAAAAACGCACAAAAACAGCCAGAAUAACAGAAAGGACAUCAAAGAGGAGGACUCGGAUGUUGAAAAUAGUGAUGUGGAGCACACGUCUAGUGGACAGGGAGGACUUUCGGCAUAUGAACUGGAGCGCCUGGAGAACAUCAGACAGAACCAAGCGUUCCUGUCCUCCAUCAACUUAUACCAGGCCACUGAGGAGUUGAAACAGUUGACACGGCCAAAGCCAUCGCAGAGGGGUCUCAUGAGGUCACAGGCUGCUGUAAAAGAAGUGCUGCCUGCUCGUAAAUCCCUACGUCUCCAAAAGAAAGAAGCAGAGAUCUUGACUCUUCCCCCUGAACCCAGAGGGACACUGAUCUAUGAACAGUCUUCGCAACUGAAGAAGCCUCCUGGCCCUCUGCCCAUGGAUCCAAUCAACAUGGAAGAGGGAAGCAAGCUGCCUUCACAACUUCUUGAGCUCUGCUCUGAGGAUUCAAGAGAAGAAAGAAAGAUGGAGCUUGAUCUGAAAGGGUACCGCUCAGCCCUGAAGAACAUGAGGAUAACUGAGGACCGAGUGGCCAAAGUGGUGAAGGACCGCAUCUUCUCGGCUGCCUUCCACCCCUGCACCAGCAGCAUGUUGAUGGCUGCAGGAGACAAAUGGGGGAAAGUUGGACUCUGGAACUUGGGUGGUGAUUGGUAUGAUGAUGGUGUGCUGCUCUUUGAGCCACAUACUCGUCCAGUGGGCUGCAUGGCAUUCUCCAGGGCUCAUCCCACCCACCUGCUGAGCCUCAGCUAUGACGGAUCUCUACGCUGCAUGGAUGUAGAGAAGGCUCUCUUUGAUGAUGUGUAUGACAUUGACGAUGGCCUGAAAACGUUUGACUUCAUGUCACAUGACUGUUCGACAUUAGUGGUUGGGAACUGGUACGGAGAAGUUGCCAUCGUUGAUCGGCGCACCCCAGGGAACUCUCAUGAGUCCCUCCACUCUUUGGACCCCAAGACUCUGCGUUGCGUUAGUGUCCACCCUUUACAGAAGCAGUACUUUGCUGUGGCCGAAAGCAAGGUAGUGAGUAUUUACGACAGUAGAUGCCUGAAGAAGACCAAAACCCAGACAGUCUCCCAGCUACAUGGCCACUCGUUAAGCAUAUCCAGCGCUUAUUUCUCCCCUUGUACAGGAAACCGAGUUCUCACCUCCUGUAUGGAUAACCACAUAAGGAUAUAUGACACAUCUGCAAUGACUACUAAAUCUCCCUUGCUGACAUCCAUCAGACAUGACAUGCACACGGGCCGCUGGCUGACCAAACUAUCAGCAGUGUGGGAUCCCAAACAGGAAGAUUGCUUUGUGGUGGGAAGCAUGUCGAGGCCUCGGAGAGUGGAGGUGUUCCAUGAAAAUGGCCAGCCACAGCACUCCUUCAUGGAUGGCGAAAACCUUAACACAGUACUGUCCGUCACAGCUUUCCACCCGACAAGGAAUGCCUUACUGGGCGGCAAUGCAUCAGGGCGGCUGCACGUCUUCUCCAACUGAGAUAAAGACAAAAAUGUGUGAGACCGAGACCCCCCCUGGUUGCUUUCAGUUGGAUAGGAAGAACAAGUAGGAAAACUGUUUUGUCACAGUACAGGUGGAGAACUCGUACAAUAUAGAUGGAUAUCUCACUGCUGGCAACUGCUUGUUCUCCCUUCUGGAUCUCUUUUAUAUAUUGUCAUAUUUUUCAUACAAGUAACAUACCUGUAAUGAAACAUCAACUUUACACUGAUUAAGUCACUAGUCAAGUCCAGAAAUGUUACACUUACACGGACAGUAUGAACAUUCAUACAGUGUGAGGUAACACAGUAUCAAUAACAAAGUAUCAGAAUUUUCUUCAUCAAUAUUCACAACAAAAUACACAUUUAUUGCUACAUUGGGUAGGUAGUGUCAAAACAUAUCCUGGCCCAGAUGUGAUGCAUCUUACUCUUAUUGGAGAUGAAAUGAAAUCAGCCUCAGAAUGUGUUAGUGUCUAUAAAAACCGUAUUUACACCA